UCAUCUUCUCCCCCUCGUUUUUUACCCAAUAUUCGCAGUUUGCGUGCAAAACCCCCGAACCCCAUUAAAUCCUUCUAAACGUCGCAACCCACCGCCUCUAUUUUGUCUUCCGCCUCCCUGAACACCUUUGAUUGAUCCGAGCAAAUACAAAGAAAGACAAGGACGUAGGAAAUGGGUUGGGCUAGCAUACUACUACUCUUAGUGGCCCUCCAAGCCAUCACCCUUUCAUUGCCAAAGAGAGCUACUGCAGAUGAUGUUUGCAACGGCAAGGACUGUGGGCAGGGAACCUGCAAGCCAUCAGACAGUAUGUUUGGGUAUGUGUGUGAGUGCAAACCCAACUGGUCCCAUUUCCACAUUGGAAACCAUUUGCGCUUCCUCCCUUGCAUAAUUCCCGAGUGUUCCAUCAAUUACUCUUGCAGCAAUGAGUCCUCAGCUCCUGCACCCUCACCACCACCUAAUUUCCCCAUCUUUGAUCCAUGCCACUGGUCCUACUGUGGAGGCGGUACGUGCGUAAAGACAUCAACUUUCCAUCACCGUUGCGAGUGCAAUGACGGUUACUUCAACCUUCUCAACGUCAGUAGCCUCCCAUGCAUCAAAAAUUGUUCUCUUGGUAUAGACUGUGCAGAGAAAGGGAUCUUGACAAAUGCUUCAUUUCCAUCUCUAUCUCAAUUUCCCACUGGCAGUUCAUCAGAUUCCUUUGUUCCAAGCAGCUUAAUAUGGUUCUUCGCAUCAAUGUUUUGUCUCUUAAUGCUUUGAGCAAAGGUGGAACUCAGACUGUUAGAUGAGAUUCUUCGCCUGGCUUUCGGCAUAUAAACAUGCAGUUUUUAUCUACAAAAGAUAUUUACAUCAUCUCACUAAUUGUUAGCCCCUCUGUGUGUGUGUGUUGGAAUUCAUGGGAACAAUACUUAAAGUACCCUGUACUUGUUGAACUUGGACUUCUGAAUCUAAAUUCUUCACUAAGGUGUCA